AUGAGCAGCAAAGUACGAAGAGGACCUCGCCCUGGUGCGGAUACUUGGAAGCAUGAGCGGAAGCUCCCAUUUUUGCACUGGGGCUUCAAACUGUUCAAUAUUCUUCCUCCUAACCAGCAAGAGGCUUUCAAGGCGGAUCCUGAGUCAAAAAUGCCUGCUUUUAGUGAAUUCAACCAGCUCAUCUUUCCCGCGCCGAUAGCGUUUGUGCCUUUCCUUGUCCGGUAUGUAUAUUACCAAUACUACCAGGAAGUUCCGAGCGUAAUGGUAACUUGGCUCAUGAUCUUUUUUGGCAUUCUUACGUUGGGCAUGAUGUCCAUCCACGAGUACAAUGGUUACGUCCGUAAAUACGGAUACUUGGACGCGAACUCUGGACGUGACACUGUGCCUUUUGAGCUCAUGCCGAAGGUUGCGUUCGAAAUUUUCACGGCUUCCAUGAUGCGUCCUACCAUGGCUAUUAUUGCCUGUUACGACCCCAAGCAACCGCCGAGCUUGAGCUUUUGGCUUCCGCUCCAGCUCUUUAUGCUUACUUUGGCGGAGGACUUUACCUACUACUGGCUUCACCGUCUUUGCCACGAGGCAGAGAGCUGCUGGCAUAUUCAUCGCUUGCAUCACACGACAAAGCACCCCACUACGAUGCUUCUGGGCUAUGCGGACCACUUCCAAGAGUUUGUUGACUUGGUUGGCUCGCCCAUGAUUAGCUGGACCAUGUGCCCGCUUGGGUUUGAUGAGACAGUUGUAUGGCUGUUCUUUUUGACGUAUGUCCAGUUGGGCGGUCAUUGCGGCGCACGGGUUCACAUGGGUUCCGUCAUGACUGGACCUUACUUGCGCUUAUUUGGACUGGACCUUGUGGUGGAAGACCAUGACCUUCAUCACCGCCACGGCUGGAAAGAUGCCUACAACUAUGGCAAGCAGACACGGUUCUGGGACUCGUUGUACGGAACUGCUGGCGACCGCGUGGAAGGCUUCGACCAGAAUUUGGACUGGAACGUGGGUCUGCGACCGUAA